AUGCCGCCUUCUCUAGCGUCGUCUGGGUCCAGCCAGAGCGACACCACUAAGAUUUCCCAGAACUCGAUUUCCGGAAAGUCCGACGAGCUCGUUCCCGGUGAAGUCCCGUCCAUGCCGCUCAGCGGUAUACAACACGUCGACCGACAAGGCAAGGUGAUCAGCGACCCAGACCGGUCGAACCCAACUCGUCCCCGACUGGAGCGCCCCCUGGACACCAUCCGUGGCUUCGAGGCGGCGAUUAAUGCACGACGACCCCAGCGUCUUGCAUGA